CGAGAGAUCCAAACACCCGAUCGUGCAUCUUUGGUUUUUUUUUGUUCAUUGUAAAAGGUUAGGUUAGCUACAUUAUAAAUACUUUAAAACAUUGUGGACGGUUGAUUUGGUUAGGAUAGCUAAAUUAAAGAUACUGUGAAAUCUAGCUACAUAUUAACAAAUUAUUUGCUAAGCAACCAUAAAAUGAUUUUACAGUAUUUUUAAUGUAGCCAUACUUACCUAAUACCGUAUAACCAACCAUCCACAAUGUUUUAAAGUAUUUAUAAUUUAGCUAACCUAUCCUAAUCGACCGCAAAAUUUAAUGCCACAUCGGUUUAUAUAAUGAGAUAGAACGGGAAAAAAAAAGCGAGCAUGAACUUCGGGGAACUUCGGGUGUGGCUCUCUCGUCUGUGAAAUGAAGGCUUCCCGAAAUCUGAGCUGUGAAUAUUACAUUAUACGGCAUAGAAAUGAAGUUACGAACCCAGCUUCAUUGCAAGCGUGGGUACUUGGAUACGGGGGACGGACUACCAUGGCCGCCUCCUUCUCCGCUAGAUGGGCCCUGUGUCUCCUGGUGCUCACUGCACAACGAUGCCACGGGGAUGACAAAGACUUGAGGGCGGACCGGGACGUGGCUCUGUUCGCGGCGAUGGGGCAAGUGGGCCAGUCCCUGGACUGCCUCAGGGACGUGAUGCUGCAAGGACUCCAGCUGCAGGAGAAGAAGGACGUCGCGUUGGCCGGCCUGCUCGGCCUCCCGGCCCUGGUGCAGGAAGUGAAAGAUCAGUUAAGCCAGCAGAACGGAGGCAUUGAAGGUGUGAAGAAAGAAGUAGCAGACUUGCACAGGGUGGAUGCACUAACUCAAGAGAUUGAGGACCUGAAAAUGCAGGUGGCUACACUUACUCAAGAAAACGAAGACCUUAAAGGGAACAUUACGAUAAAGGAUCAAAUGUUGAUCACACAUACUCAAGAAAUCGCUGACCUGAAAACGCAGGAGAUGAAAAAAGACCAGAUGGUGGCCACACUUACUCAAGAAAACACUGCUCUGAAAACACAGGCUGUGCAAAAAGACCGAAUGGUGGCCACACUUACUGCAGAAAACACUAACCUGAAAGCAGCGGAGACGAGAAGAGCUCAAGCCGCAGUAUGGCAGGCGGUGACUCAGCCGACUGUUACAGAGGAGUACCGUAUGCCGAGCAUUCAAGAUUUGCUUGGUCCCGGUGUGAGGCUGGGCGGAAUAAUCCGAAGUACUGGACGUGGGUGACAAUAAGAUGAAAUUUUUGUAGUAGAAAUAGUUGAAAUCACAGUUCUCCAAUUAUCCAUGACUGUGAGUUGUGUUAAUAUUAAAAUAACAAGAAUAAUGGAAGAAUUAAAAAUUUCUGAUGCAUUAGCA